AUGUCGGCACUUGUCGACUGUCCAGAACUGCAGCUUCCGGAUGACGAUGACUCUGAUACAGAAGACGAAUAUUUGGAUUCGAGCAACCUUUUAUUUCAGUCUGAGGCUCCUGUCGAUAUCAUAUCAGCUGGUAUCGAUGUGCAACCCACUGAUGUUGUGAAACAAAUCCUAGCCGAAGCUGGUCUUUCGGUUGGUAUCACAGAUCCUCCCUCAUCG